AUGGACGGCGAGCAGGAGACCAACGCGACGCCCACGUCGUUCUUCCGCGGCAUCUCCGACAAGUUGGAGUCGCAGCAACGCCAACGGGGAGGGAAGGGGGGCUCCCCCAUCAACGCAGGAGGGCACCACAGCGGCGGCUCCUCACCCUCUGGCUCGCCUGCACCGUACAUCAGCACCAAUACGAGGAACUACAGCGGCAACAAUUCCGCCAUCGUGCCCAACACGUUGAUCACGCAGGUUACCCAGCAGCACGCACCACAUAACUGCGCUCCGCGUGGCGGCGGACGUGCGGGGAGCUACGGAGGCGCAGACAGCAACAACAGCGGUGGUGGUAAUGGUGUGCGUACGAGCACCUCGCCGGUCAGCGUGCGUCACGGCCACGGCAGCGGCUCGCGGCAGCGGGUGCACGCCACGGAGCUGGUGGAGCGAGCAAGGCGAAUACGCAGCCAGCCCAAAAACACGUCUCCCAUCGACGCAUCAGCACACCCGUCGCUGCUGCCGGAGGCGCUGCCGAUGAUGCGGCACAGAAAGUGCCUUAUUUUGGACGUUGAUGAGACCCUCGUGCACAGCUCUUACGAGAGCAGCGCGCGCUACGACGUGCAUCUGCCCAUUCAGUUGGAUCGCGACACGCUGGUGAACGUCUACGUGGCCUUCCGGCCUCACCUGCGGCACUUCCUGGAGGUGAUCGCUCCGCUGUUUGAAGUUGUCGUCUUCACGGCCUCUGUGAGCACGUAUUGCGACCCGCUCAUCAACGCGAUUGACGCCGGCCGCAUCCUGGGCAACCUCCGUCUCUUCCGUGAGCACUGCAGCGUGGUGGGGACGACCUACGUGAAGGACUUGUCGCUGCUUGGCCGCAACCUGGACCACGUCGCCAUCAUCGACAACAGCCCCAUUGCGUACCUCUUCCAGCAGCGCAACGCCAUCCCAAUCACGUCGUGGUUUGACGACCCCAACGAUGAAGAGCUUCUUCGAUUGAUUCCCGUGCUGGAGGCGCUGGCGGAAGCGGACACCGUGUACGAUGUGCUGGACAACUACAACGCGUUGUUGCAGCUUCAGCAGUUCCAGGCGGGGAACGGAGUGGGCUAA